ACCUCUUGCUGAUCCCGUUGUCGUACCCAUCCAUGUUAGACCUGCCUUUGGGUAGUGGGACGCCUGGUCCGUCGAGACAGGUCCACAAGGCUCCGAAGCUAAGAGAGGCCGCCCUUGAAGAAGCAGCCAGAGAGGCCGAGGCAAGCAGCUCCUUUGAAAAAGACUUUGCCGACGUAUUUGACGAAGUCUUUGCUGAGAUGGAACAAGACGCGCGUAGGACUGAGCAGAUCAGGGCAGACGGGCCAAGCAUCCUGCCAUCAGGAGAUGAGGGUAUAACAAUAUCACCUCCUCGAGACUCGACUUUGCUUCGAGACCCUUAUGAUCCUCCAUGGAAGAAUCCGGACGUCGAUGCUCUACAUCCAAAAGUUUGGAAGCUGCUUCAGACUUACAGCCACCCAGACGACGAUGAAAUUGGAGUGGCCUGGAAGAAUGACGAUCCCGUGCUACCCGUCUCAUCCAUUGAUGACCGAAAGCGACCAGUCCCCGGCUCGCAGGUCCGAAAGAAAUGCCACAAAUGCUACAUGGAAGGCGAGCCGUGCGUGUGGUCGGCGCUCACCCAUGGCCCCAUACGAUGUCUCCGAUGCGAAGAGGCGCGCGUGAAAUUCUGCAAUGCCGAUGGCCGCAUUCCCCAGUAUUGGACCAAUCCCGAAAACGAGGAGUGCAGGGAGAAGGCCGACGACGACUUUGGUGAUGCUCAGGGCAAGUUCCUUCUCGCAUACUAUCUCGAGACGCUGCAAGAGGUCCGAGCAAGGAGUCAAGGGUACCUACCUGAGGCGAACUUGGACUUCAUGCAGAUCGCUUCGAGUAAAGUCGGAUACAUCAAGGCGAGGCCGUGGCUGAGGAGAUCGGUCAAGCUUGGCCUGCUCGCGGUCAGACCAGGGACUGGGAAGCGCAAGCACGGGCCAAAAACAGAAGUUUCGCGAAAGAGAAAGGCCCACGGUGCCGAAGAGCAGGAAGCGAUGACGAAAGGAGAGCAGAGAAGGCCCUUCAUCAGCACGCCUUCGCAGCAGAUUCUCAUGCGGGAGGUGCUAGAAACGCGACAGAAGUUGAGGCAGCUUGAGAGGGAGGUCAACUAUCUUGCUGACAAGGCAAGGAGAGACUUUGAACGGCUCUUGCCUUAUAAUCAAGAUGAAGUACUAAAGGCCGACCAAGUAGCGGUACAGGAGGAGCAAAGCAGAGAUGAAAGAGCACAGGGAGAAGACGUAUCCUUGUCUAGUCGCUAAGCUAGAUCGAGUCUUGUCACGCUUGACAGCCUUCUAAGAUGGUACUGUUGCUCUUGAUAACGAAGGAUGCGUCUGCAUGUAAUGAUUCAUAUGACU